AUGCAUGAAUCAAAUACUGCAGAACCUGCCGCAAGAUCCUCCGAUAAAGAGGUUACCGAAACUAUCAACUCCAUUAUCUCGUUUCGAAAAACAGACCAUCAAUUCUGGUGGGAUAAAACCGGAAGUCAGCUGGCAGACCUGCUCAAAUACGCUGGAUACAAUAAGGCGGAGCAAUACAAUGAGCUCCUUUUCUUUGGGCUUCACGUAGUUCCCGAGCUAGGUCCUGCACCAGACUCCAAUGGGAAUUUGCGAUGGCGUAGCCCGCAAACGCCCGACGGCACACCUCUUGAUCUCAGCUGGGAAUGGGGCCUAGAUGGGAAAGGGGUCAUACGAACAUGCUUCGAACCUAUUGGACCGUUGGCUGGCACGAAGUCUGACCCUUUCAACCGCUAUGCAACCGACAAUUGGAUCAAGCACCUUGAUAAUCAAGGACUCGUGGACGGCCUCGACCUCGAAUGGUAUCAUCACUUCAUUGGCAAACUACUACCGAAUGAUCUUGAGCGCGUCCAGAUGUCGGAGAAGCUCGACUUCGAGCUUGCACCCGUGGCUGGAACAUUUGUGACACGGGAUAUUGACAGAAGUAAGCCAAUCAUCAAGCUUUAUGUGUUCCUUGGUUUGAAGGCACAAGAGCUUGGAAUUUCGAACUUCGAGGUCAUGUCUAGGGCAAUGAAACAACUGCCAUCUGAACAGUGGAAUUCUCUCCGACCAGAGCCACUGCUAGAAUAUUUGCAAGAGGCGUAUGGGAAAUGGAAGAUGGAGACCGGAAUCUUCUCAUUUGAUCUAAUAUCACCUCGAGAGUCUAGGAUUAAGAUUUAUACGCGAGCACCCAACACUACGGUUGAGUACCUCAUGGAUGCUCUGACUCUGGGUGGCCGAUAUGACUUGUCGAUGUACAGCGACGAAGCUAUUCAAGAUGUUAAGGACUUCUGGAGAAUCUUCAUCGGGGAUGCCCCGGAUACUUUACCCACCGGUGGUGCAGAACGCGCGGGUCCUGGAUUUUAUUUCACAGUCAAGGCAGGAAAACCCACGACUCCAAAAGUGUACAUCUCCCCAGCUUCCUUUUGCAAGAGCGACGCAGAAGUACUGGAAAGAUUAAGACAGUAUUUCUCAACUCGCAGGAACGCGAAAGAAAUGCUACCGCAGGUCGACAAUUAUGAGAAAGCACUGGAAAAAAUAUAUGGACAAUCCUUCCUGGAAAGCCAAUGCGAUAUUCACUUCUACGUUAGCUGUGCGCUUCAAAAAGACCAGCUCAGAGUCGUAACCUAUCUGUGUCCUCAAACUCUCUCUCGCGAGAUCCAGGCGCAAAAAUAA